UGAAAUGACUCGAAUACCCAAAACCGCUGUUAACAGGGACUGUUACAAAUACAUCCUAGCGCUGAACAAAAACGGGUAAAAAUAGGCAGAAGAGUUUCAUCGGCGAAACGGACAAUAAUAGGAUAUGUUGUUGUCUAAAAUAUCUUUAUCUACGAUUAUUUACCAAUAACGUUUACUACGAAAUAAUAGGUAAAAAUGCAUCGUUGUCAAGCGCUCGCUAAAAUAUCUUUGAAUACUGGCGUUUUCGACCACUGUCGUUUGAAUAUGAACGGUCUCAAAACGAGUCGCUGCCUGUCUUUGUCAGUGAUGCUAUUGAAACGAUCUGGACACAUUCAAGUUAAAGUUACCGGAGUAAAGCGUCUGAGCACAGCCGAAGCACCAGCAACGCUUACCAAAGAAAAUGACAAGACCCGAGUGCUGACCAUGGAGACCCUAAAUCCCCAAGUCAAGGCAGUGGAGUAUGCAGUGAGGGGACCCAUUGUCAUCAAAGCGGGGGAAAUCGAAAGAGAAUUGCUGCAGGGAAUGAAGAAGCCUUUUUCAGAGGUCAUCAAGGCCAACAUUGGAGAUGCUCAUGCCAUGGGGCAACAGCCAAUCACCUUUCUCCGCCAGGUAGUGGCUCUUUGCACAUGCCCAGAGCUGCUGGACAGUCCUGUUUUCCCAGAAGACGCUAAAGCAAGAGCCCGUCGGAUUCUGCAAGGCUGUGGAGGGAACAGCUUGGGUUCAUACAGUGCUAGUCAGGGCCUGGACUGUAUCCGAGAGGAUGUUGCCAUGUACAUGGAGCAGAGAGAUGGGGGCGUCCCGGCUGAUCCAAAUAAUAUCUACCUCACCUCGGGAGCUAGUGAUGGCAUUUCUACUAUUCUGAAGCUGCUGGUGGCAGGAGAAGGGUUGUCUCGCACAGGCGUGAUGAUUCCUAUCCCCCAGUACCCCCUCUACUCUGCAGCCAUAUCCGAACUGGACGCAGUCCAGGUUAACUAUUACCUGGAUGAGGACAACUGCUGGGCUAUGGAUGUCAAUGAGCUGCACAGGGCCUUGAGCACAGCCAGGAAAUACUGCAAUCCCAGAGUGCUGUGCAUCAUAAACCCAGGAAAUCCAACUGGUCAGGUUCAAAGCAGGAAGUGCAUUGAAGAGGUCAUUCACUUUGCUUACAAGGAGAACCUUUUUCUUCUGUCUGACGAGGUUUAUCAAGACAACGUCUAUUCUCCAGACUGUAAGUUUCAUUCUUUCAAGAAGGUCCUGUGUGAGAUGGGGCCGGAAUACUUCAACAAUGUGGAGUUGGCCUCCUUCCACUCAACUUCUAAAGGAUACACAGGAGAGUGUGGCUACAGAGGUGGUUACAUGGAGGUGAUCAACCUGGAGCCGGAGGUGAGAGCUCAGAUGAUGAAGCUGUUGUCGGUCCGUCUCUGCCCUCCAGUGUCGGGACAGGUGGCUAUGGAUGUCGUGGUUAACCCCCCGCGGACUGGAGAGCAGUCGUGUGAGCAGUUCACCAAGGAAAAGAAAUCGAUAUUGAGUAACCUGGCUGAGAGGGCUAAGCUCACAGAGGAGAUUCUGAACACAGUCCCUGGAAUCCGUUGUAACCCCGUGCAGGGGGCAAUGUAUGCCUUCCCCAGGAUCUUCAUUCCUCCCAAAGCAAUCGAAGAGGCCAAGGUAUUGGGCAUGGCACCAGACAUGCUGUACUGUCUGAGAUUGCUUGAGGAGACUGGAAUAUGUGUUGUGCCAGGCAGUGGAUUUGGGCAAAAGGAAGGAACCUACCACUUCAGAAUGACCAUUCUUCCAUCUUCUGAGAAGCUGAAAUUGCUCCUAGAGAAAGUCAAAGACUUCCACGUUAAGUUUCUACAGAGAUAUGCUGCACUGGAUGCCAUGUCAAGAUGAAUGUUAAGAAGCGAAGAUGCUUGGUUUACUGUGGAAUAUUUGGCUUGAAAAUGGGGGU